CUGCAGCAAAGUACUGUAAUUGUCAAGGGUUCGGAGGUACAAAUUUUACUCAAGAAAAGAAACCAUGCCGUGUGGACGCGGUUGUUGAAGAGCAAAGAAAAGGUAACAUAUACAGUAGAACAUGUAGUUUGUUCUUAGUCAACAUGGAUUGACCCUCAUAGUUUCUCUUAUUUCUUUUUGUUCGUUUAUUGACUUAUUUUUUGUUUGUUUGAUUUCUUUCAGUUGCCUUACGUCUCCAUUGACUUUGAUCGUUGGGAAGUAUGGUCGUCAUCGGAGGAGGACUUCCGAGCAGCGCCAACGAACCCGGACCAUUCCCAUCACACCUCAGAGGAUAGUAGAGAAGGAAGGAAACUAUUAUUAUUGCCUGAAAUGCUUGUCAGUGGUUCGGAGUCCGAUACUGAUGAAACUUUGCCAUCUGAUGUGGAUUGCUUAAAAUUCUAUUAG